AUUAUAGACACCACAGGAAAGUUGACAUUGACAUUUAUGAAGCUCGUCAAAUUGGUGGAAGACUUGCAACUGUUGAUGUAUCUGGGCGCAAUUAUGAAACAGGCGGCUCUAUCAUUCAUCCCCGUAACAAGUAUAUGGUGUCUUUUGUUAAAAAUUUUGGAUUAAAAGUGAGAGAAACAAGUACCGGAUCUCGUAUGGGGCUGUGGGAUGGUGGUAAAUUUGUAUUUGAAGAAAGUUCUUGGGAACCUAUAACAUAUUUAAAAAUGCUGUGGCGGUAUGGAUAUGGCAUAUUUAAAUUAAAGAGCUAUAUAGAUGACAUGUUAACAAAGUUUGAGAGUAUCUAUUUACUCCAAAACAAAGGAGAAGCAUUCUGGACUGUGAGUGAUUUACUGAAAGCCAUGAAUCCUCAGUUUGAAAAUGAUCAGAGAAUAAAAACUGGCUUGGGAUUUAAAAAGUUGGGAUUUUCUGAUUUAUUGGUGGAUGAAAUUGUUGCUGCGACAAUACGAGUAAAUUAUGGCCAAGACCUUAUGGUGCACAAAUUUGUUGGUUCUGUCUCUGUUGCUGGGGCUACCGGAGAUUUAUGGGCAGUAGAUGGUGGUAAUUUCCGCGUCGCAGAGAAACUCUUAGAGGCCUCUGAGGCUCAGUUAGUAAGAGAUAGAGUUGUCAAAGUAUCAACAGCUAACAAUGGCAAGCUAAUUGUUCGAAGACAAGGUACAAAUGUUGAAAAUGAUAAAAGUGAUUUGUCAAGGGCCUAUGAUAUUGUUGUACUUGCCGCACCACUCCAAACUAAUUCAGACUCAAGCAUUGACUUGUCAGAAUACCCUGAUAAGGGAUGGCCUGGUCCUUAUCACCAUACUGUUAGCACAGUUCUCCAAGGAAAAUUAAACCAUUCAUUUUUUGGAUAUUCAGAAGAUGAGGCUAUGCCUGAUGAAAUUUUGAGCACUACAGGGGGUUUGUUUUUUAAUUCUGUCAGUAGGAUUCAACCAGUGGAUCUCACCAACAAAGAAAGAAUAUCUGAUGUGUGGAAAGUUUUUUCUCCUGUCCCUCUAUCUGAUAGCGAGUUAGAUUUGCUUUUUAUUAAAUAUAACAAAAACUCUGUUAAAGUCAAUGAUUGGUUAGCAUAUCCUCACUAUGCAAGACCACCUUCUUGUAAUCACUUCCGUAUUCACAAAAACUUCUAUUAUCUUAAUACCAUUGAGUGGGCUGCUAGUGCUAUGGAAAUGAGUGUGAUUGGUGCUAAAAAUAUUGCUCUUCUUGCUCAUAAAAAUUAUUUUAAUGAACCCGUUCGAGCUGCUAGACAUUCAAAGGCAGUUCAUGGUCUUGAGGGAAAAUCCGAUGAUGAAUUGUAAAGUACUGAAGCCUUGAUUGAUAUUUGUGUUAAUUCUGUUUAAUGGUAAAGACUGACAGUAAUUACUGCUCUUGAUGUGGUGAUAAAACCAGGUUCACAUUUAAGUGAAUUAUAAUUUGUGAUAUAGAAUGUUAGUGUUAGGAUUUGUGAGAUAGUACAAUUUGCAAUCUGUUCUUUCCUCAUCCUUUGAGCCAACCUCCUCCCUUUCUCAGUUGUCUUUGUGUACAUAUGCCCUUUCUUUUUGUUUGAUGCAGCUAAUGAAGUACAAUGUAUACUACUGUUUUGUGUUGGAAUAACACAUUUUAUUAGUUCACUACCAUUUAUGUUGUACAUUUUAUGUACCAAUAAAGUAGUGGCUGUACAAAUUAA